AUGAACAUCGAUAAAGUCAAUACAUACUACAUGUCAAAUAAUAAUCGAAUACCUACAAUGAUUUCUGAGUUAUCAUGGAUUAAGCAAUCGGAUAUCCCAUCCACCUGCAUGUUUUCCCAUUCUAAGUCAUUUUCAGCCUCAUCAUCAGCAUCCUCGUCAUCAACUUCUUCUUCUUAUACAGCCUUCGGGGAAUAUCCUCAGCAAAGAUCAUCACAUCAUUUACACCUUCUAACUGGAUUUCCACAUAAAUAUCUUGGAAAAGUAGAGAAAACACCGACUAGAUUGCAGCAGACUACAGAGACAGAAAUAAAGCCUACAAAACCCAAAGAUGACUUACGCAUAAAACUUGAAAGUGAACUAUAUCAAAAAGUACGUCAAGCAGUGAAAACACCACCACGUGAACGAAUGAUUCGUCGACGUCUCAAUGAAUUUGAGCAACAAAUACGUAAACGUUUAGAGAAUGAAAAGGAGAAGAAACAACUUGUAACUCAGUUGAAUGAUGUUGUUACCUUGGGUGGUGGGUUGAUGACAAAUCCCAAUGAAAUCAUCGCCAACAGCAGCAGCAGCAGUAAAAGCAGUGACAUCAAGUUGAACAGUAUUGAUGAAACUGGUUAUAUGGAUGUACGUAUGCAUCCUGAGUCAUAUCAGCAAAAUAUAGGCUGGUACAAAAGGUUUGAUAUGAAUGAAGUAAAUGGUGAUAAUGGUAAUAUUAGUAAUAAUAAUUUCCAAAGAAUAUUAUGGAAUAAAAAGAAUUUAUUGACAGAGAAAGGAUUGAAAAAGAUUAGAUUUAUACUUUUUAAUCAUGAUACUGGUGGGGAAAAUCAAAAUUCGUUGAACUCUAAUGAUGUGUUGAAAAGGCAGUUGAAUAAAACAAUCGGAUUUCGAGAUGCCUAUGACAGAAGUCAUUCCCCAUUAUAUUUAAACAGCAGUCCUGAGAGUAUGAAUGGAUUUUUUCGCAAAAGUCACUCUACUACUGUUCAGAUGGUACAUAACAGUAGUAAUACCAAUACUGUUACUUAUAAUAACAACACCACUCAUUCUAUAGACAAAUUAUCCACAUCUUUAUCAUCAAAUAAUACUAAUUAUUAUUAUUCAAAUUAUCUAUCGAAUAAAUUUCACAUUUUUAAAAAUAAUCUUAUCCACAUCAAACGGCCAUUGAACAAUUCAAGUGUCAAUAGAGUUUGUUUAAAUUCACAAGAGAAUAAUGAUUAUAAUCCAUUGUUCAAUGAUUCAUUUACAUUCAACUGGAAUACACUAUGUAUUGAUGAAUAUAAAAAUGUACAGAAUACCAAUACUACUACUACUAAUAAUAAUACUGAUAAUAAUCACUUACAAGACAAUAUAGCAAGUUGUAUGAAUAAUACCUAUCAUCCGAUGACUCUAGGUUAUUUAACAGAAGAAGACAUUCAGCUGAUACAAAGAUAUUACAAAUUAUAUCAGAGUAAAUUAUUGUCAUUAACCAAGAAGAAUACGAGAAUUAAAAAUUGUCAUUUUACAACACGUCGGUCGAUCUUAGAACAAUUGGGAAGGUUGACAGAUGAUGAAAAACAGCUUUUUUAUUUCAGUGCAACUAGAGCUGCCUAUCUAAUGGCUUCAACCCAGUGUGAGCAUAAACUCCCUGAUGGGACACAAUUUCGAUUGAUUAAUCAGAAGGACGCUAAACCAUUGGAUCAUAUCAUGAUAAGCAAUUCAUUUGUAGAAGAUGACAGUAUGAGCAAUACUCAAAAAGGUGAAGUGAUAUGUCAGCCUGAGACAUUAGUAUCGGAAAAUUUAUCUAUCGUUAGUGUUCAAGACAAUAAUGAUAGUCAAAAUAAAAAUAUGCCUGCUUACACCCUUCCGACAUUUGUCGACUGGAGUGCAGUGAUUCGUGAUAGACAUGGACCAUUUUGGCCUCAAGGUUAUGGCCCUGUAUGUCAAAUUUUGAAUGAUUUACAUGCAGAAGAAGCAGCGCCAGAGAAUUACAAGGAUACGAGUGGUAGCUAUCAAAGUAAUAAGAGCAUUAAACCUUUCAUACCUGAUCACACAGAAGAGAUAAAUCAGUUGAGAAGUAAACAAACCAUCUUCAGUGGGACACGAGUAAUAUACGAUUCUGAAUGUAGUCCAUAUCUGUCGAAAUCAACAGACACAACAUCAUCGCCUUCAGGAAAUCUUUGUCAGUUAGUUAAAGAUUUACAAGAUACAAAUCAGUGGUCACCACCGCCUUUAAUAUUUGAGUCAAGAUUUGAAUCUGGCAAUCUACGACAAGUUAGACAAAUUGGACCAUUUCAUUAUGAAUUAUUAUUGAAACCCGAUCUGUAUACAAAGCGACAUGUUCAAUGGUAUUUCUUUUCUGUACAAAAUGCUCUACCUGGUUUCACAUACACAUUUCUAAUUGUUAACUUUACAAAACCAACAAGUUUAUAUUCACAAGGUUUACAACCCUUACUUUAUUCUAAAAUCAAUACUCAACAGAACGGGACGAAGUGGAUACGUAUUGGAAGGAAUAUUAAAUAUUCACGUAAUACAAAAAAUCUAUCGAAUCAUUUACUUGAUACAAAUGGAGAAUAUUAUCAGUUGGAAUGGGAUAUGGAAUUUCCAUACGCCGACGAUAUUUGUUACUUGGCCUACUCUUAUCCAUACACAUAUACUAAUUUAAAAUAUGAUUUAAAUGAAGUACUCCUGAAGGCAAGAGAAGGUUCCGCAUUGAAUAAAUCAAUUAAAUGUGAAGUCGCCUGUCAAACUAGAGCAGGAAAUUCAUGUUUUUUAAUCACAGUGACUGAUCCGAAUAUUCCCAAUAAACAAAAGUAUGCAGUUGUCAUCACUGCACGUGUUCAUCCUGGUGAAACAAAUUCAAGUUGGAUGGUCCUUGGAUUUCUCCGGUUUCUUAUGGUAAAUGAAGAAAUAUCAAUGGAAUUGAAGAAACUCUACAUCUUCUACAUUGUACCAAUGCUAAAUCCUGAUGGUGUUAUCGUUGGAAACUACAGAUGCUCAUUGACAGGGCGGGAUUUAAAUCGUAAUUAUCGUCAACCAAGAAAAGAUAUCUUUCCAACAGUAUGGACAGUCAAACAACUUGUAAAAUGGUGUAAAAGAACAUAUAAGGAUGUCAUUUAUUGUGAUAUGCAUGGACACAGUCGACGUAAUAACAUCUUCAUGUAUGGCUGUGAUGCAUCGAGUAGAUAUUCAAAAAUAUUUAAUAAUAAUACUGGAAAAAGUCUUCAUGAAAGACUACUGCCUUACAUCAUAUCUCAAGAGGCAUCAUCAUAUUUUUCAUUUCCAAACUGUCGUUUCACUAUUCAUCCAAGUAAAGAAGCAACUAGUCGUGUUGUCUUCUGGCGUGAAUUUGAAGUAAUCAAUAGUUUUACUAUGGAAGCAACAUUUAAUGCAUCAACUUUAGAAAACAAUGCUUUGAUGAAAUUAAAUGUGGCAGACUUUUUGAAAAUGGGCGAAAAAUUCGGUUAUUCACUGUACAAAUUUCAUGAAGUAAUCACAGACCCUGUGAAGCUUCAACAAACCUUGAGAAGUUUGGCGAAAGAAACAUUGACCAACCUGUGUAAAACCCGUAUCUCGUAUCCCGUAUCUGAUAAUACAUUAGCAAAGGCGUAUAAAGACAAUGAAGCGAUAAAUAGUCAAGUGUCACGUGAUUUCUUAUCACCUGAUUUGAAAAUUUAUGAUUUUAUUCGAUCUCAACAAGUAUGCUGCACACCACAGACACCACCACUGCAACCAUUAACAGCAAUGACGUCAGCGUCAACGGAGACAGGCGAAGUAUAUACAUCGAAUAAUCAAAUUGACAACUUGUUGAGAGAAUGUUUAUUGAAUUCAUCUAGUGAGAAUAUGUCUGGUGAUACUACGGGUGCUGGUGAUCGUCACAUUGAUGAAGAGCAGGGGAAUUCAUUUGAAAACUUAGCUAGAAUAAUCUAUUUGUUGGAAAAUUCAAAUCAGUUGAAAAAUACAAAGUCGAAUGAAAAUAAUAAUGAUAAAAAUAAUCAUUCGAAGAUAAGAAAUGAAGAUGCCAGCAGUACCUCAGAUUCCAAUUCUGAUAGUGAACCCGAGAUGACCAUAAAGGCACAGAAUUCAUUAAAUCAUAAAUUUAAUUUUCGCGGUGAUUUCGUAUUAACCAAUCAAGAGAAAGAAAGUAGAGUGAAUCAAGGUGAUGAAGACUUACAAUCAGGGAAUAUAAAUGAAUCAAAUAAAAUGCAUAAAUGGCAUAAAAAGAAAAAGAGAAGGCGAAAUGCACGUCAACAUUAUCACCUGAAUGAUCUUCAUCACACGCGUCAUAAUCAGUAUUCGAAAUCCCGACGAACGCAACCACACUUUGAUGAACAACAUACAAAAAAGACAACUUCAUCGAAUGAUUGUCAGACUAUGAAUCCAACAUCUUCAUCGUCAUCAACAACAACAAUGUCUCUUUCAUCAGUUGAUCACUCGGAGUGUUGUAAGAGACAACUGAGAGAUGGGAUCAGAAGAAUCAAUCCUCAGACUGAUAAAGAAGGGCAAAACAUUGGCGGGAAAUUGUAUUUUGUAAGCAGGUAUGCUGGACAAUCGAAUCGUGGUAUACCAUGUUUUGUUGAAAAAAGAUUAUUUCAUCGUUCAUGUCAAAGAAUACGAUCGGUUUGGGAAAAUAUUGAUUUCAAAGAUCCACAAACAUUACGUAUGCAGAGAAAAUUUGUGGAACGAUUUAUAAACAACUUAGAAACAAAAAUCCACAAUCUU